AUGGACGACGUAACGUUGCAAUCAUUUGCAUGGCGUAGAAGAAUGGCUGCCGAAAUGUUGGCACCAAUUUCAAAAGCGCAAAAAUCGCAGCAGACCGACACAAUCGUGACGCGGCACGCUGAAACCAUGGCCAAAUUCCAAGCGGAAUCCGCGUCGCAAACCGAGAAUGACGUGGAGAAGAGCUCUGCUGCUGAAAAAGAGCAUUUGAGGAUAAGUGAGAGCGUGAGUUUUCGCUUUUUUUUUCGAAUUUUUUAAUUUUUGCACUUGCAGGUUCUGGCUCUGAUUCUGGAUUUCAUUAAUGAUUCGUCAGAAGUGAAUUAUGAUCGAUUGCUCGAAUUUCACAAGUUCGACAAGGUUGCCAUUGAGACUGUGCAUAGUUAUAAAAUUGAGGUGAGAGCUCGAAAACUGUGUGCGUGACUUGCAGAAAGGGGCGUGGCCUAAUUUCACGGGAUUUUGCAAGAAGCCUUCAUUUUUCAAUAUCUGUCUAGCUUCUCUGCGUCUCUAACUACCUAAGUAUCUCUAGUCUUCUAGCUUCUCUGCGUCUAUAACUAUCCAAUGAGUCUCCCACUUAUCAUUCAUCUCUAGUCGUCUAGCUUCUCUACGUCUCUUACCCUCAAUUUUUCUCUAGCCGUCUGGAUACUCUGCGUCUCUAGAGAGUGUAACCGCGCACACCUAGCAUCUCUGCGUCUCUCACUACCUAAGUAUAUCUCUAGUUGUCUGCCUACUCUGCGUCUCCUCACCGUUGCUCAUAUCUCUAACAAUCUAGCUCCUCUGCGUCUCUUCCUUCUUUUUUUUUAAUCUCUAGUCGUCUAGCUUCUCUGCGUCUCUUACCCUCAAUUUUUCUCUAGCCGUCUGGAUACUCUGCGUCUCUAACAAUCUCUGCCUUACAGACUCGCAACGAGAACCUCAUCCACAUGCUCUCCUUCCCCGCCUCCCGCAAAACCCUACUCCUCUUCGGCGGCUCUCAACACCAAACCUUCUGCACUCACCAACCACGCGCCUUCCUCUCGUCGUCUGCCUCUGCCUCUGCCUCCGCCUCGAAUCUCUCGCUACCUCUCGCCGUCUGCGCCACCACCGCCAUCACAACAAGCAGCUCCUCCACUCAAUUUGUGCUCGGCGAUAUUUCGGGCCAAAUCAGUGUCUACAGUAGUAGCGGUGAGCUGAAAAUUGGCGCCAAAAUGGUGCAAGAUGGUGCGGUGACGUGUCUCGCUUGGUCGCCGCGACACGGUGUUUUGGUGGCCGGUGAUGAGGGAAGUGUGCAAUUGUUGAAUGCCGCCAAAUUGGUGAAGCCGGGUGGUGGUGACGUGGAAAAAGUGGGCGGAGUCAAAUUGGUGGUGGCCGAUUUGCCGCGCACAAUUCGAAAAUCAUCGACGAGUGGGCGGCCGUUGGCGAUUGUCAGUAUGAUGGUGUAA